AUGUUGGUAGCCCUGCUUUUCAUCAAAUAUAUGUCACUUUUCGAAUUCCACGUGUGGAUGUUUAUAACCUAAAAAUUUCACAUGAUCUUUAAAGUUGAAAAAAUAAAUAAUACUCAAUAAUGGCCCGUUUAAAAGAAUUAUUAGAUAUUUUGGAUAAUGAAGAUGAACCUCUACCAAAACGCCUAAAAUUAGCUGAUACUGCUUUUAAAUCAUCAUUAUUACCCAUACAUUUUAAGGAUGUGGGGCUUUUAAACUGGUUAAUGGAGCUGGGAAAAUGUGGUGAUAAAGAAGUUUUAGAUAAAGUGAAUGAAUGGUUGUGUUCGGAGGAAAUUGUUAAUAUUGCGAAAAGUGAUGUAUCACAAGAAUAUGUUUUUGACCUCUUAAAAAGAAUUACGUUAAUUUUAAAGCAUCAAGAUAACAGGAACUUUGAAGAAUUAAUUGUAAAUUCAUUUCUUUAUAUAAUAAGCAACAAAACAUUCCAGCAAUUUUUUAAACACGAUCUUGAAGUUUAUUCGAAACUUGUUAGUCAAGUUGUUAUUCACAUUCAAAGUUCUGAUCAAUUAUUAUUAAUAUUCAAAUCUGACGAAUUAUUUAAUAAAUUAUAUUUGUCAGAAGAAGAAAGUUAUAAAACAUUUUGUAAAUUUUGUUCACAAUUAUCAAAAAUCAUCGACAAAUUUAGUAACAUUAAAAAAGAAAUUGUUGCAUUUACAAGUAAGCGAUUAUUCCAAAACAGCUCAAAACAAUUUGAAAAAUAUUUCGAAAUCAUCUUUGAACAAACUGGAAAUGAGAACCUAAAUGAAUUAAGUAUUCCAAAAAUAAUAAUCGACAUUAUAAUUGAAAAUUACUCCUCAAAAAACUUAUCAGUAAUUUCACUUAUUUAUCGUGCAUUUUGUUCAAGUUUUGAAUCAAAAUUCUCCAUAAUUUAUGAAUUCACCGCAUUAUUACUUCAAAUUUGCGGGAUAGAUGUACAAGAAAAAUUCAAAUUUUUGUUUGAUUAUAAAAAUCUUUCUUACGACGUUAACUUUUCAAUGAAUGUUAUAAGCAAUAUCUACGAAGAGCUUAAAGAUUUAAAAACAAAUCCAGAUGAUAAAAUUGAUGUUUUCAACAUUUCUAUGACCACUCAAUCAUUAUUAACUACCAUAAUAAAUAUAACUGACCCAACAAAAGCAGUAUUAAAUAUUUUUACAUAUGCAAUUCAAGCAGAACCACUAAUUUUAGAACCAAUGUUAAGCACAAUUUUACCAUACGUCAUGUUUAGCGACAUUACCGAAUAUGUUAAUGAAUAUAAUAAGUUAUUAUUGACUAUUUUGGCUGUUUCUGCUAAAUUAUAUCGAUUAUCAAAUUUAAUUGCGAAGAUGUUACAAUGUAUUAAACAUUAUUCACCAAAACAUUCUUUGGAAACGGAUGUAUUCGCUUUUAAAGGAACUGUGGAAAGGAAAAAGGAACGUUGUAUUUGUGAUGUUGAGUUGAUUUUACCUGCUCAAGUUUUAGAGAGUUUUUCUAAACAUAUACUUGAUUUACCUAGCUGGCAGGUUAUUAAUAUUUUUACAUCUUUUGUACAUCACUUAAAAAUUGUUUCAGAAAGUUUUAAUGAAUUGUAUUUGGAUAAAUUAAACCAUACCUACAUCGAGCUAUUAUCAACAUUAUUUUGCACAUUUUUAUCAACUGUAAGAAUAACUGAACAUACAACACCUGAUUUAGUAGUAAAUAAAUUUAUUAAAACCAUGUUGGAUUUAAAAGAUGUUCUACAAGUUUUGGGGAAUUCCUUAUUGGAUUUGAAUCACAAUUUAAACAUAAUGCGUUCUUAUUUAAAUAUAGCAUUUAUGUGGGGGGAAAUAUUAACAUUAUUAAAUUUUUAUUCGUCGUCAAGUGAAGUAUCAAAAUUAAAACCGAUUAAUAACACGAAUGAUUAUCAAAUUUGUUGUAUAUCGUAUAUUCACUCGUAUUUAACCGCCGAUCAAUGGAGUUCUAUAACAGAAAGAAUAACAAAUUUCGGCGAGAAAAAAUGCAAAACCAUUUUGCAAUUACUUCAAUUACAAAAUAUUAAAGCGAUUUAUUUAUUUGAAAAUGGAAAUCUGGAUGUAGCGGCGUUAUUUUUAAGAAAUCUAACGCAAUCCCCAUCGUUUGAAAGUUUACUCUCUGAUAGAUUUGUUAAUAAAAUAUUACUUCGAAAUUUAGAACCUAAUUUAGUCUCUUUGUUGGGUAAACACUUUAUUAAAGAAGUUUUGCACGACGAAAACCACGUUUUUUGGUUAUCUGGUGUUUUGGAGAGUCCCGAAUUAGUUGAAAAAAUUAUCUUAAUGGUUUUAGUUAAAAUUGCGAAAUGUUGUAAACCGAAAAAAGAUAAAGAACAAGUUGACGUUAAAGAAUUGUUGAGUACUUUAUUUGUAAGUGAGUUUGAAGAAAUAUGUUGCGAUUCUUUAAAAUAUCAUCAACUUUUCAAGAAUUAUUUUAAACAGCAGAUUUUGAAUGAAAACAAAUUAAGUGAUUAUUUCGUUUUGUUAAAAAAAUUGCCCAUUUUAGCACAACAUCCUCAAGUUCAAUUAACUAUAUUUUUAUAUUUAUCAUCACUCUUAAAAUGUUUAAUAAAGGAGGAACUUAAAUUAAAAGAUGAAGUUGAAAAGAUUAUUGUGGGAAUGAUUCAAUAUCCUUCUGAUCUCCUGAUUAAUUUACCAGCUGAAUACAUAAUAACUUUCAUAUUAGAAAAUACAACCGAUUACAAAGUUGUAUUUCAAUACUGGUUAGAAAAUUUAUUACAAAACGCUUCUAAUUUUAUUAACCAAUUUCAAAAACUUGUUUCUUAUUUACUACAAAAGUUUGGCGAUGAUGAUAAAAUUCGACAUUGUAUCAUACAAGUUUUAAAUUAUUUAAAUAAGUAUAAAAAACAUAAAUUGUUUAUUAAAUUAAAAAGUGAAAUUAAUAAAGAAAGGGAAAAAAUUUAUUCAACAAUAAAUAAUUGGCAAUCAUCGAAUAAUGAGAGUUCUAUGGACGAUGUUUAUUUUUAUGCUUUAUCUUUAAAGUAUUACCUGUCAGUUGGAUGUGAAGAAAAUAAUAAAAUCAAAAAAGAUUUUAAGAAAUAUUUAAGAAAAAUUUCUAAAACUGAAGAAUUUAAUAACGAAGCUAUUUUGUUAUUAUUUUCAACGAUCCUUACAAAUAAAAAGCAACUAAAAGGUGUUGAUGAUCAAGUUAUUUUAGAUAUUUGGAGUUUAACGCGAAAAUUAAAACUAGACAACAAUUUAAGAAAGGAAUAUUCUAGUUUGAUUGUGUUGAUUUUUGAACAUAUUAGUAAUGAUAAUUUUGCAAUUAUGUGUGAAGAUUUAAAAACGUUUUUGAAAGCGUCUUUAGAUAAUAAAAAUACGAAUGAUUUUAAAGAAGUUAUGUUAAAUAUAAACGGAGUGUUUCAAUGUAGUCUUAAUCCAACGAAAUUAAAAACUUGGCAAGAUAAAGUAGAAGACAUAUUGAUACAUUUAAUCGAUAAUUUAAACGAAAAAAAUUGUGAUAACUAUUGGGAGGAUGUUAUUGCUUUUGAAAUGAAUAUUAUUCAAGCAAAUCAUUUUAUGAUAACAGCUUUAAUGAUUGACGAAAUUUUUCGUUCAAUAACCAUUCUAUUUUUAAAUCCCCCAACAACUUUACCAACAAUUUUCAAACCUAGCAUACAAAUCUUAAUUUUGCUCUUAAAACAUCGAGCACCAUUAAUAACAGAUCGUUUACCUCCGUUUCUACAAAAAUAUCGAUUGUUAUUAACGCAUCUUUGCAAAUCUGGUGAUUCAUCUUUAAAUCUUCAAGCGCCCGCAAUAGAAGAACUCGCCGAUUGUGCCCAUCAAUUAGAAAAGUUAACCAAUAUGAUUGUAGCUUGUGGAAAACACGUUCAAAGAAUUACUCCGUAUUUAGUUGCGGAUAUUUUAAAACAAUAUGAGAGUAUUUCUUUGUAUACUAAUAUUAAGAUGCACAUUGACAACUGUAUUUAUAGUUUAAUGAGUUUAUUUGAUCAACACACGGUUUCAUUUUUAAUGAGAUCUUUAAGCACCGCAUCUACUGAAUUAUUUAAGUAUAUGCAUGGUAAUUAUAAAAAAUAUUAUAAAUUUACUGGAAAAGUGUAAAUUAUGAUUGAAAUAUUAGGAUAUAUUGAAAAAUAAAUAAUUUUAUU